UUGUUCUUACGCAUGCGUUUUGGCGGUUGCAUUAGCUUUCAGAAGCAUCACUUUAAAACAUGUCAGAGAAAGGAGAGGUGGAUUUAACUGGUGCCAAGCAGAACACAGGUGUGUGGCUUGUAAAGGUGCCCAAAUACCUUGCUCAGCAAUGGGCCAAAGCAACUGGCAGAGGCGAGGUUGGGAAACUCCGAAUCUGCAAGAAAGGAAACCAAGGAAAAGCAGAGGUGAGUUUCACUUUGAAUGAAGAGCUGACUGUGAUUGAGGGUAAAGAAGACAAGACAGUGUCUGUGCCUCGUGAGCACCCGUUCACCAUGCAGUCAGUGGGAGGUCAGAUGUUGGCAGUCUUCACCGAGACUCCAUCAGGCCAGUCAGAAGAAAGAUCUGAUGGCAGCAGCUCAGGUUCGGGGGCGGGGGCAGGUCCAGAAAAAAUUGCCUUAGAGGGAGUGGUUGUGCAGAGAGCAGAGUGCAGACCUGCUGUUAGCGAAAGCUAUAUGAGGCUGAAGAGGUUACAAAUAGAGGAGUCCUCCAAGCCAGCCAGGCUGUCACAACAGUUGGACAAAGCAGUCACCAGCAACUACAAACCUGUGGCCAACCAUGCUUACAAUCUUGAGUAUGAGCGGAAAAAGAAGGAGGAGGGCAAGAGAGCAAGAGCUGACAAACAGCAGGUGUUGGACAUGCUGUUUUCCGCUUUUGAGAAGCACCAGUACUACAACAUCAAAGACCUGGUCGAUAUCACCAAACAGCCUGUGAGUUACUUGAAGGAAAUCUUACGAGAUAUUGGCAUUUACAAUGUCAAGGGAACACACAAGAAUACCUGGGAGCUCAAGCCAGAGUACAGACAUUACCAAGGCGAGGAAAAGACUGACGAAUAGUUUGAGCCUCCCAAAGUCGAUGCACCACCUCUUCAUUUGAUGUGGGUCCCUCCCAGACCAGGCCUUGGAGCUCACUUCCGAUGUCCUUACAUCAGGUUUCAGAACACGGCGGAUGAGGAGGUCAAGCAAAGGUUGAGUUUUACAAGGAGAGGUGGUUGUAUCUUCUUGUUAUUUUGUAGGAGACAAGAAAAAGGGGCAAUGGGAAACAACUUGAGGAUUAUGCUCAAGUGUGCACCGUCUCUUCCUGAUGAGGUUUCACGUGGUCAAAGCUCCAGCAAACCCUCAAGGUGAAAGCCCCUGGUAUUUGAUUUAGUUGUUUUGUCUGAUGGAGUCAUGGGACAUAGUAUUUUAUGAAGCAUAAGAUGCAUUUAUGAACUCUGGUUCUUAGCAUUGAAUUAUUUUUUUAAUGUUUUGACAAGUAUAUCCAGUAUGGGGCUUAAUGGAUAAAUCUUAGGAGGAAUGACGUGACACAGGUAGUAGACUGAUAUGUGCUGAGGAGGUAAUUUUUCCUGGACAUUGUAUAAUUUUAUUUUUUUUUUUUUAAAUUAUUGCAACCUAACAGGUUUCCCCACCAUGACUUGGGGGAAGACAAAUUCAGUCUCAACUUGCAUUGGCAAAAUUUUAAGACCAGCACCAUUUCUGUAAUCCCACGUAUGUGCUUCAAUACCCUAUGCUCACUGAUUAUUUUAAAGUGUUUUACAUUUUGACUUAUGCAAUAAAUGUUUCAGUAGAAAAAUAUUUCUAUUUUUUUUUUAAAUUUGUACUAGAACAGCAUCAAGCCUA